UGUUGAGCUCGAGGCGCGCGGAGAUCCUCGCCUUCGCCAGCCCCGCCGCGAACUGAAUGCAAAGUUUGCGCGCCGGCAAGGAUCGCGGACUUGGGCGGGAGGCGAGGGUCGGGCCGGCCUCGUCGCUCCUCUCGGGGAGACCUGGAUGUCGCCGCCAAGGCUUCCACCACCGGCGAAGGAGACCCGCCCCGAUCGCCUCCUCCGGAGGAGGGGACCCAGCGGGGCAAGAGGAGGAUGCCCGUGAAAUUGACGCUCCGCCGGGUGAAAUUGACGCGCCAGCCCCGACCGACCCGCCGCUUGGGCUGAAGCGAGGGGGACGGGGGAGGAAGGGGGGGGGCUCACCGGCUGCUUCCCAUCCCCCUAACUCCUCCCCCACCCGGAUUAUUAAUUUUGCAUUCCCCCCCCCCGUUUUUUUCAUUCAAAGGAUUAUUUUUAAAGGAACACGAAAAUUGGAGAGGCGCCGGGAGGGCAGUUGUUUCUAAAAAUACUUCCAUCCCAGGAAAGGGGGGGAGGUAAGAAGAGGGCUCCGGGCGCCACACACCUGAUGGUCGGGGAGGGGUCAGGGAUCCAGGGGAAAUAGAUGAGUGGGGGCCAUAUUUCUCUUUCUCCCCCCCCCCCUUUGCUUCUCCCACUACAGGAGCUUGGCGUUGUUCUGCUGGCUUUGGGGGACUCCUUGAGAUCUAGCAGCUUGAGCAAAGGAAUCCGCGGCCACUGCGUGUUUGGGGAAGGGGGGGCGAGGAGUAUGAAGGCGUGAGUUGUUGAGUUUGCAAGAGGUUUGCAGAGGAGGGGGAGAUAGGCGCAGGGGGGGAGAGAGAGAGCCAACUCCUUGGAUCGCCGGAAAGGUUUUUAUUGUCUUCUCUUCUGGAGAACGUGGACCGCUGCAGCAAAAGCAUCAGGUCCUUUGCAACAGGCUGGGGGGGGGGGCAGGUGGGUCGGUGGGCUCGAUGUGAAGAAGCAGUGCUGGUCCUACCUUCUCCCCCUUGGCUUCCCUCUCCGGCUGAAGCUCUCCCCUCCCCUCCCAUGGAGCCCGGCGCUUGUUGAAAAAGAAUGACUUUCUCUGACCGGAUUAAUGCCAGCUUGAAUGGGAACCACACGGGAGAGGCUGAGGGUGCCAAUGGGUCCUUCCCCGGGGAGGAGGUCCACGCUAACAGCAGCACCCCCUUGACCCUGAGGCUGACCCUGCAGUCGGUGGGCGUCGGGAUCUUCCUGGCCGUCUUCAUCCUCUCGGCCAUCGUGGGCAACAUCCUGGUCAUCCUGUCGGUGGCUUGCAACCGUCACCUGCAGACGGUAACCAACUACUUCAUCAUCAACCUGGCCAUCGCUGACUUGCUGCUCAGCACCACCGUCCUGCCCUUCUCGGCCAGCCUGGAGGUCUUGGAGGACCUCUGGAUCUUCGGCCGCAUCUUCUGCGACAUCUGGGCCGCCGUGGACGUCCUGUGUUGCACGGCCUCCAUCAUGAGCCUGUGCAUCAUCUCGGUGGAUCGGUACAUUGGGGUCAAAUACUCUCUCAAAUACCCCACCAUUAUGACCGAGAAGAAGGCGGUGGUCAUCAUGGUGGCGGUCUGGCUUUCCUCCAUGGUCAUCUCCGUCGGGCCUCUCUUGGGUUGGAAGGAAGCGCCGCCUGACGACGACCAACACUGCGACAUCACCCAGGAGCCCGGCUACGCCAUCUUCUCCUCCCUCUUCUCCUUCUACUUGCCCCUGGCCGUCAUCCUGGUGAUGUACUUCAACAUCUACGUGGUGGCCAGGAGGACCACCAAGAGCCUCGAGGCUGGGGUCAAGAAAGAGCGGAGCAAGUCCAUGGAGGUGGUGCUCAGGAUCCAUUGCCGCAGCGUCGUGGAGGACUCGGCCGCCAGCACCAAGGGCAAAGGGCACACCUUCCGGAGUUCCCUCUCCGUGCGCCUGUUGAAGUUCUCCAGGGAGAAGAAAGCGGCCAAGACUUUGGCCAUCGUGGUCGGAGUCUUCAUUCUCUGCUGGCUGCCUUUCUUUUUCGUUCUCUCUUUCGGUUCCUUCUUUCCUUCCGUGAAACCUGAGGGGAUGCUCUUCAAGAUCAUCUUCUGGCUGGGGUACUUCAACAGCUGCGUGAACCCCAUCAUCUACCCUUGCUCGAGCAAAGAGUUCAAGAGAGCUUUCAUCCGUCUCCUGAAAUGCCAGUGCCGCCGAAGGAGGAGACCCAUCUGGAGGGUGUACGGCAACCACUGGCGAGGGGCCUCCAUCAACGGCUCCACCCUCAAUUCUGAGAGGGAGUCCCGGUCGAGGGUCUCCACGAUCAACGGGUCGUUUAUAUUGAACUCCAGCGGCCUGGAUAUGGCCUCCGGUAGCAAGAGGAGAACUCUGAACUUGAAGAGGUGGAGAAUAUUCUCUCCGUUCCAAAAACCAACCACGCAGUUAAAAGAAAAAAUGAACAGCCUCUCAAAUAAGAUCCGGGGAGGGUCCGUCAAAGGGGGAGCAGCGGCCUCGUACGAGACGGAGGUGGAGUCUGUCUCCAUAGGGAUACCUAAUGAGUUCAUGGAGUGUAUUGAUUAUCCGAUGUACGAUGACUUAACAGACUCUGAUUCCUGUGGGCUUAAAGAAACAGACAUUUAAUGCCAAUGUGGAUAACAACAACCCUUUGGGGGCCCUUUUCGUUUUUGUCUCUGUCUUAGCGUGUGGUUGGCUAUCAAGGGUGGAUGCAGUCCAUAUGUGAGAUGGGUAGGCUGCCUAAGGUCAACAAAGGCCAUCGUUCAGUGACAGAACCUCUGGUUGUCACUCAGAAGACCUCAUGGGCAAGCCCCAGCAUCUCUAGUCAAUGGAGGGUAACUGGUACCAAGAUUGGGCAGGUACCUCCCUUUGCCUGAGACUUCUGAAACUAUGUAAGAUUCAGGGUAGACAGUGCUGAGCUAGGGGGACCGACUGUCUGACAUGGUAUGAACCAGCUUCUUGCAUUCCAUUGGGUUCAGUGAGUACAGCAUCCUGAAUUCCCGGGUGGGUCAAUGAAGAGAAGGUGGCCAGAGUAGAGAGUGAAGGAAUGAGGAAGACUUGAUGCGCUAUAGUGGGUGUCUUGAUGCCAAUGGCAAAUGUUCCUGUCGAACAGGUGGCACUAAGAAAAUGCCAAGCGUGUGUACCAAAACGUUCAGAAAUAAAUUGUGCCAUUUCAUAGAAAGGUUUCGCUUAAACUCACCCAGGAGUCAUGCUUUAUUUUGAACUUGGUUAAAAAAAAAAAACUAGAAUGACUUGGUUCUUGAUCCUCUUCUGGCUUUGAGGCCACAGGGUAGUGCCAGGAAGGCACAGAGAAACAAUUAAGAGAGUUUGAAUGAGGCUCGUCAGCCUUAUAGAAUGAUAAAAAUUAGAAUUUAAUGUGGCAUCUCCAUUUGAUUCUUUGUUUGUUUGUUAUUGUUGUUUUGAUGGAGCAACCAGGACUGAUAUGGGAUACUUCAAGAGAUAGUCCCACUUGCCAACAGCAGCGACCCUUCCUUUUUUGGGGUGGAAGGUCUCUCAAUGUUUUGAAAAUCCAAAUGUUACUGUCAUGGACAGUUUCCUUUUGUUCCAACCUUGGAAAAACAAAAAUCCAUUGAAAGAAGGACUAAAACAUUCUUCCACUCAGGUGCCAUCAAGCCGACAGCCUUGUCCUCAUUCGGGCUAGGGGAGGCGCCCAAGUCAUCCGCACGGAGGAAAGCUCAGUAGAAACAGGUACACACAUCACAAAGAGAAUGCAGAGACACCUCAAUGACCUCACAACCCCGUAGGAGUUCUAAGCUACCCAGUGUUUGCAAUUGAUUCAGGCAAUGUGAUAAAUUUCCCUUUACCACUGUGAUAAAUGCUACAGACAGCUGGCUCUCUAUAUGGCUUGCUCAUGGUCGCAGUCUUUCCCAGCCUUGGGUCUCCAGAGGUUCUUGGACUACAACUCCCAGAG